AUGGGAAAGAUUGGAGGAGGAGGAGCCAUGGUUUAUGGCAUUGUUCAGUACGAUUUCCAGGCAGAACGGCCCGAUGAGCUCGACGCCAAAGCGGGCGAGGCGAUCAUUGUCAUCGCACAGUCCAACCCGGAAUGGUUCGUCGCAAAGCCCAUCGGUCGCCUGGGUGGCCCAGGUCUGAUUCCCGUUUCGUUUGUCGAGCUUCGCGAUAUGCAGACGGGAACGGCAGUCACGGAUCCGCUCGAGGCCGUCAGACGUGCCGGCGUUCCCAAGGUGGAGGAGUGGAAGAAGAUGACUGCGGAGUAUAAGAACAGCAGCAUCACUCUGGGCAAGAUCGAGGCCGCUGGCUCCACACAGUCCGUCACAUCUGGUAUGGAGAGGAUGUCAGUGCGACAGAGCUCAGACCACAUGAGCCAUAUGAGCCAAAAUGGCCAAUCUAUGGCUUACCAUAACCGCAAUGCGAGCAAGGCAUCGCUUGCCCAACAAUCUAUCCACCACGCACCAAAUAACUUUCACCAACCACUCGCCGCUCCGGUCGCUGCCUCAAUUCCCCGGUAUUGUUUCGAUAACGAUAAAUAUUGGUACAUUAUCGAAGCCAAGAUGGAUGAUGGUCGUUGCUGGGAAUUGGCCCGAUACUAUCACGAUUUCUACGAUUUCCAGAUCGCCCUGUUGACUCAGUUCGAGGAGGAGGCCGGUAGCCGAGGCAAGCCACGAACAUUACCAUUCAUGCCCGGCCCAGUUACCCACGUUACCGAUGCCAUCUCCAACGGCCGCCGACAAAACUUGGACGAAUAUAUCAAGAAGCUCCUGUCUAUGCCAACGCACAUUGCGCAGUGCAACCUCGUCCGCCAGCUCUUCGCUCCUCGCCCCGGCGAUUUUGAAAUUGACCCCAGCGCCUUUGGGGAAGAUGCGCGCUUCUCCGGCGGCUCGCACCACUCUUCCGGCCAGGAGAUCUCUCCCAGUGCAUCCAGACAAUCGUCGCAACAGCAGAUGAACGGGCCUACUCAACAACCCUCCCACCAGCACCAGCGGUCGCAACCGUCAACCUCUUCACACCUAAAUAGCAACCCUCCACCUAUGAUCCGCCAGCAGAGCUCGCUUACACAAGUGUCGACCACGUCUAGCACUGGGGCCCUCAAGGUCAAGGUCUUCUUCCAGGAUGACCUUAUCGCCAUUCGGGUACCCGGCGACAUCAAUGUUCAGCAACUCAAGGAGAAGCUCAUGGAUCGCCUAAAGAUUAACGAAGAUAUCGCCAUCCAGUACAAGGAUGAGCCAUCUGGCUCCUACAUGGACCUCGUCAGCGACAGCGAUCUCGAUACUGCUAUUCAACGAAACUCAAAACUCACCCUUUAUGUCGGACUCGCAUAG